AUGAGCCCUACACAGUGGGACUUCCCUGUAGAAUUAUGCUGUCGGCCUAUGGCUUUCGUCACUCUCACAGGCCUGGAUGUGGUCUACAAUGCUGUCCAUCGAGCUGUCUGGGAUGCCUUCUGUGCCAACCGGAGGGCUGAUCGGGUACCUAUUUCUUUCAAGGUGCUCCCAGGUGACCACGAGUAUCCUAAAUGUAGACCCAAGAGAACUUCGUAUGAAUGGUACAUCCCCAAAGGGAUCUUAAAGACGGGCUGGAUGAACAAACAUCUGAAUCUGGUGCCAGCCCUAGUGGUCGUGUUUUAUGAACUGGACUGGGACGAGCCCCAGUGGAAAGAAAAGCAGUCUGAAUGUGCCACCAGAGUGGAAAUAGUCAGGCAGAGUUUACAAGGGAGAAACACCAAAGUUGCAGUGGUUCUGAUUCAGAAGAAAACCCCCUUGCCCCCAGGAGAAGAUGUCAUUGCUUCAGAAAGGGCUGCAGCCUUAUGCAACGCAUGUGAGCUAUCAGGAAAGUCUUUGUUUGUACUGCCCCAUACAGACCACCUUGUGGGUUAUAUUAUAAGAUUAGAAAAUGCCUUUUAUGAACAUGCACAGACUUAUUACUACACUGAGAUUAGAAGAGUGAAAUCUCAUAAAGAAUUUUUGAAUAAAACAACACACCAGCUUUUAUUUGUUAGACAUCAGUUCAAAAUAGCUUUCUUCAGUGAGUUGAAACAAGAUACACAAAAUGCUCUGAAGAAUUACAGGACCGCCUAUAACCUUGUACAUGAAUUGAGAGCCCAUGAAACUAACAUUCUGGAAAUUAAGACCAUGGCAGGAUUUACAAACUACAAGAUCUGUAGGUUGUGUUUUCAACACAACACGCCGCUGGAUGCAAUCGCUCAGUUCCGCAAGCAUAUUGACUUGUGUAAGAAGAAAAUCGGAAGUGCAGAGUUGGCUUUCGAGCACGCAGCAUGGAUGUCUAAACAAUUCCAGGCCUUCGGAGAUUUAUUUGAUGAAGCUAUUAAGUUGGGGUUGACAGCUAUUCAGACUCAGAAUCCUGGUUUCUAUUAUCAGCAGGCAGCGUACUAUGCCCAGGAGCGGAAACAGCUUGCCAAAGCCCUCUGUAACCAUGAAGCUUCUGUAACGUAUCCCAGCCCUGAUCCCUUAGAAACACAAGCAGGCGUCCUUGACUUCUAUGGACAGCGAUCAUGGCGACAAGGAAUACUCAGUUUUGAUCUUUCUGAUCCCGAGAAAGAGAAGGUGGGGAUUCUUGCCAUUCAGCUGAAGGAGAGAAGUGUUGUUCACUCUGAAGUAAUAAUAACUCUUCUGAGCAAUGCCGUUGCGCAGUUUAAGAAGUACAAGUGUCCAAGAAUGAAGAGCCAGCUGAUGGUUCAGAUGGGAGAGGAGUACUACUAUGCAAAGGACUAUACCAAAGCUUUGAAGUUGCUGGAUUAUGUGAUGUGUGAUUAUCGGAGUGAAGGGUGGUGGACCCUGCUCACGUCUAUACUGACCACGGCUCUCAAGUGUUCCUACCUCAUGGCCCAGCUGAAAGAUUACAUCACUUACUCCCUGGAACUCCUAGGGAGAGCUUCAACACUGAAAGAUGACCAGAAAUCUCGGAUAGAAAAAAACCUCAUAAAUGUUUUAAUGAAUGAAAGUCCUGAUCCUGAACCUGACUGUGAUAUCUUAGCUGUGAAAACUGCUCAGAAGCUGUGGGUGGACCGAAUCUCUCUGGCUGGCAGCAAUGUUUUCACAAUAGGCGUACAGGACUUUGUGCCAUUUGUGCAAUGCAAAGCUAAGUUCCACGCCCCAAGUUUUCAUGUCGAUGUUCCUGUGCAGUUUGAUGUUUAUCUAAAGGCUGAUUGUCCACAUCCCAUUCGGUUUUCUAAACUCUGUAUCAGCUUUAAUAAUCAGGAAUACAACCAGUUCUGUGUAAUUGAAGAAUCAUCCAAAGCAAAUGACGUUUUAGAAAAUUUGACUCAAGGCAAGAUGUGUUUAGUUCCUGGUAAAACAAGGAAGUUUUUAUUUAAGUUUGUUGCAAAAACUGAAGAUGUAGGAAAGAAAAUUGAGAUCACGUCCAUGGAUCUGGUUCUGGGCAGCGAGGCGGGCAGGUGUGUGGUCCUGAACUGGCAGGGAGGAGGCGGGGACGCCGCGUCCGCCCAGGAGGCCCUGCAGGCCUCGCGCUCGUUCAAACGAAGACCCAGGCUCCCCGACAGUGAGGUCCACUGGGACAGCAUCGUGAUCCAGGCGAGCACCAUGAUCAUUUCCAGAGUUCCAAACAUUUCGGUCCAUCUGCGACACGAUCCCCCUGCCCUGACUAACGAAAUGUACUGUUUGGUUGUGACCGUUCAAUCCCACGAGAAGACCCCGAUCAGAGACGUGAAGCUCACUGCUGGUUUAAAACCUGGACAGGAUGCCAAUUUAACUCAGAAAACGCAUGUGACUCUUCAUGGGACAGAACUGUGUGACGAGUCUUACCCGGCUCUGCUCACUGACAUUCCCGUCGGGGACUUACAGCCCGGGGAACAGCUGGAGAAAACGUUAUACUUUCGCUGUGGAACAGUGGGCUCAAGAAUGUUUCUUGUGUAUGUUUCUUACCUGAUCAAUACAACUAUUGAAGGAAAAGAAAUUGUUUGCAAGUGUCACAAGGAUGAAACUGUAACAAUAGAAACGGUCUUCCCGUUUGAUGUUGCCGUUAAAUUUGUUUCUACAAAGUUCGAGCACUUGGAAAGGGUUUAUGCGGACAUCCCCUUCCUGCUCAUGACCGACCUGCUGAGUGCCUCCCCCUGGGCCCUCACCAUCGUCUCCAGUGAGCUGCAGCUUGCUCCCUCCAUGACCCCCGUGGACCAGCUGGAGUCCCAGGUGGACAGAGUUGUCUUGCAGACUGGAGAGAGCGCCAGUGAGUGCUUCUGUCUCCGAUGCCCGUCAGUUGGAAAUGUUGAAGGCGGAGUAGCAACCGGGCAUUAUAUUAUCUCCUGGAAGAGGACUUCAGCCAUGGACAGCGUCCCCGUCAUCAGCACCGUCAUCACCCUGCCCCACGUGAUCGUGGAAAACAUCCCUCUCCACGUGAACGCAGAUCUGCCAUCGUUCGGGCGUGUCAGAGAGUCGCUACCUGUCAGGUAUCACCUGCAGAAUAAGACGGACUUAGUUCAAGACGUGGAGAUUUCCGUGGAGCCCAGCGAUGCCUUCAUGUUCUCAGGGCUUAAACAGAUUCGAUUACGUAUCCUCCCCGGCACGGAACAGGAGAUGUUAUAUAACUUCUACCCUCUGAUGGCUGGGUACCAGCAGCUGCCGUCUCUCAACAUCAACUUGCUCAGGUUUCCCAACUUCACAAAUCAACUGCUCAGGCGUUUCAUCCCAACCACUAUUUUUGUAAAGCCACAGGGCCGGCUCAUGGACGACGCCUCCAUCGCGGCCGCGUGA